AUGAGAAAUAUAAAUGUAUUCAUUUUCUUUCAUUUCUCUGAUGCAGCACUUUGGUGUAAAAUAAAAGACUACCUUAGAGCACAUGCUGUUCCAUCAAAGGAUGAGCAGAAGAAAUAUCAUCAUGAUUUUGCCCUUACAACUUCAUUUCAUGGCGUCCAUAAUCUUGUAAACAACGGUAAUUCCGGAGUAAAAAGCACAAUCCUUCUCCUCUCAACAAGCAUUGACGCAGAGGAAAAUCAUUUGCAAGAGGUAAUCGAUUUCCUGCAACGCAACCAAAACUUCAGCAUUAAGGAGUUUACCAGGAAUUAUGGAUUUUAUCUAAAUAAGAGUACGCUGUUAAAAUGCAGCUAUUUUGGUAUUCCAUGUUAUGCAGAGGACUUUGAACAUACUUUCACAGAGUAUGGCAACUGCUAUACAUUUAAUCAUAAUGAGGGCUCAUUAAUCAAAAAGGCCAGCACACCAGGAAGUGGUCUAAGUGUACUCUUUGACAUAAAACAGUCUGAGUUCACAGAUGAACCUUCUCUGGGUUAUGUUGAUGCUGGAAUUACAUUUGUAAUACAUUCUGCAAAUAUUCGUCCAAAGUUUGAUGGCCAAGGUGUAUAUAGUCCGGUGGGGAUGCACGGACAUGUUUCAAUACAGCAUUUGAAGACAGUUAUUCAGGAACACCCUUGGGGUGAAUGCAACCCUUAUCUAAACUUAGAGUAUCACGAGGUUUACAGUACAUAUGGAUGCUUACAAGAGUGCAAAUCCCGCUUCAUAAAAAGUGAAUGUGGGUGUGUUCCAUUUCUCUUACCAGGUAUUGGAAAAGAAUGUGACUUACAGCAGUUGUACAAAUGUGUUUCUACAUCACUUUAUAGAAUUGAAAAAUUUAACAUAUGUACAGUAGGUACUUACAAUUCUACCUGCCCCGUACCUUGUGAAGAGACAGACUACCCUGCUACAAUUUCCUAUUCGACAUUUCCAAGUGAAAAAGCUGCUGAAUACCUCUCUGCAAAACUGGGCAAAAACACUACGUACAUGAGGAAUAAUUUGGUGUAUAUUGACAUAAAAUAUCAAGAACUCAACUACAAAAUAACGACGCAGCAGAAGGCGCUGAGUGCAUCAGUUCUGUUGUCUGAUAUCGGAGGUCAGCUUGGUCUGUUCUGCGGAGCGAGUAUGAUCACCAUCAUCGAAAUUAUGGAAUAUAUAAUUACAAAUCUUUAUUGGAUAUGUAUAUUCCUAAUACUGAAGGCACCCAACGUACCUCUGUGGACCUUCAAUCAAUCACGAUACAGAAGAGAGAUACAAGAAUGUUGAAAGUUUGCUUAUGUUUUUGUUCAUUGAAACACUAAUUCCAUCUCUUAGCAGCUUUUUAUAACAUUAUGUUAUAUUUUUACAUGUAGACCAAAUCACAUUUUCUUUAAAUAGUAACAAAAUUGUACAAUAUGCAUGUAACUGUGGAAUUUGCAUUAUGUUUGGUCUAACCGCAAAUUAUUUGGCA